AUGCUUUCUGGUCUGCUGCUAUCGCAGGCCAUGUCCCGUGUGCCGUCCUCUCGACAAUUUUCUUCCGGUUUAGGUUUUCCUUUAGGCUUGCUGUUGCCGUGGUGCCUUGCUAAGCUGACGGUGUUUCCGUUUGUUAAGCAGGUUGUAUCGAGGUGUGCAUUUGUUUUUUCAAAUAAAAAGUAUACGAAAACAUUAUUGAGACAAACUAGCGCGGGAAUGUCGAGCACAUUCAGUUCCGCGGGACUGGCAGUCCCCCUGCAUAGCUUUUGGAGUCCGCCCCAGAUCACAAGAGGACCGGAAGGUGCCCUUCUCUUCGACACGGUACGAAACGCGUUACUCGAGGGCGUGGUCGAGGCACGCUCGUACGCUAUGGAUUACAAGCGGGCGGAGUCGGCCCCUCCAGUGCUUCGCAGCCGACUGCAUGCAGCGCCGGCUCCCGAGCGGCUCGUAAGCCAGCCAGAAGUGCUUCCCGGUGGCGUGUCUCAUGACAGCGUCACACCGAGCGCCGUUGGGCUGCACUGCAGUGUCAACGCGUUCCAGUUGGUUGCGACCGACCUGUACCCGGACUACGGAGCCGCGAUACCACUGGGUUGUCGAAAGCAGUUCCCGAGCAUGGGAAGUGGCCACGAUCAACGGGUCACAGGUCCGCCACCACUGGACUUUGCAAGGCUCAUUCCUUCCCUCCCCGGAGUCGGCGCUAGGAUCAAGAAGAAGGGCAGCGGCGGCAGUCGAGAUAGCUACCUCCGCCAGAGGGACCUUCCGCAGGUCACGGUAGCGAUCGCGUCAGUAAGACCGCCAUGCGUGCGCAUGGUAGAAGUCAGCAAGGACGAUCGCACCAGGCGAUCCUGCGUGCAGCGGCUAGAUCAAGAAGGAGCAAGGGCUUCGAGAGGUUGCUCUCUCAGGCCAGCGCACAAGAGAGAGCUCUACGUAUCCGCGUUUCCCAACUUCUCGAAGUUCCUGGUUCUGGACGACGACGGAGAGCUGGGCCGCGAGGAAGAGGUGCGCAUGCAGCUGAGAUCGGAGCUGACUACCAGUAACGCGAAAAAGAGGCUGCGGAAAACUAAAAGACGGCCGCAGGCGUCCAUCGGAGCCUUCACGAACGAUAAAUGGAUCAGACAGCUGUUGUUUGAAGAAGCGCAGGGUGGACGUACGACUACUGGUAAAGCAGGUGGCGAUGCGGAAAAAGAUACAAGUCGGGAACGGCUAGCAUCAAUCAUAGAAGGGCGUGGUGUCUGCUUCUACGACUGUGAAGCAGGCUACAUCAAGGUAGGACGGAACGCUGCAAAGGAAGCUCUACGAGGGGGUCUAGGGCGCAGGUACGCUGAAAGGAAGCCGCGCAUCAAAAGCAUGAAGGUGGAGUCGAACUGUUUGUACGAAGCCAUUGCUGCACAAGUUAAGUUACCUGUGGCGGAGGUGAUGAAGUUGUGCGACAACUUUUCAGGGGAAGCGGACGAGCACGACCUCUGCAUAGCCGCGCAAGCCAUGCAAUGUGUCUUUCACCUGGAUUACGGGAAAGGGAGAUACCUGCGAGUAUACCCCCGCAUCCAUGAGCAGAACGGCGGCGGCAAUUUCAAGGUGUUGUUCUUCGGCAUGACUGCAGACGGACGGCACGUUGACGUCAUGGCGGGCAGGCCCCGGAAAAAGAACCCAGACACGAGAAAGUUGAUUAGGCAGUCGGGUAGAAUCAGAUCAAGUAUGCAGCGAGGAGCGGGCGAGAUCCAUUUGGCGGGAAAUCAUAGCAGGAGUAAUCGUAGAAGAGCACCGUCCGGAGCCGUUCUGCGGAGUUCCAGAUGCGAGUUCAAAAAUGUGACAGAGAAGCAGUUCUUGAACUUCUUAAUCACAAUAUCGGAAAACGGGCGCGUGGAAAGCAGCUGCAUCAACAAACGCGACACAAACGACCAGACCGUGUGCUUUGAGUGGGGAGCGGCGCCGGGAGCCACGGUGACGUGCAGAUGGUGGCCUACCGGGUCUCUGUCGAUGCAGGGAGACGCUGGAGGGGCGGCAGAUGCGUUCGACAGCUUCAUACAGCAGGGAUAUUGCGGGUCACAAAAAGCGCAUUUCAAAAUAUGGAAAGGAGGUCGGUACGCAGCAGAUAAGGUAAUGGAGCGGUCGCGAUCAAGGAAAAGAGCGGGGGGCAAGCAGGAUGUGACGUCACCGACGCGGGACCGCCAUCGCAGGAGGGAGCAACAGCACGCUUCGAGCGACGAUGAUGUGGGUGGCUUACUCAGCCGGCCUCGCGAGCCGGCCCGCAGGAAGGUUGACUGGGCAAAGGACGACGUCAGCUAUGGCUCCAUCGAUUCCGCUGGACCGACAGCAUCCAGGACCCCCAAGAUCGUACCACAGUCAUCGCAGGCUCUGGACCAGCGGGCAGCGGCCGCGGGGGGGCGGUGGAGCAGGAGUCAAGCGUAUAGCGAUCGGAGCAUACCACUCAAUCACGUAGUAAGCAAGGCUGGACUUCAUAAAAAGACGAUGGCAGGGGAGGACUUACGGACGGACUCGCGCAAGCGGUGUAGCUCAGAUAUGCGGAAUCAAGAACGACAGGGCGCGGCGGGAAGAACCCCGGAGAGGCAGCAUAGCGGGGGUUGGAGUCAAAGACUGGUAGCCCCCCGGCCACGUGAGGAGGACUUAUGGCCGCCCGCGGCUGCGGCACGCAGGUUGGAGGGACACCCACCAAUUAAGGAGGUCGGGUGGAGUUUGGAGCGACCGACGCUGAAGCUCAAGGUUGCAUGCCAGUCGAAGGUGGCGAAUCCAGUGCGAGAUGGCGGGCCGGCGAUAGGCUCGAGCAGUAGCAGUUGUCGCGAGGAAGACGCGGCGGAAAGAGGCCUGGCGGAGCAGCGGCGGUUACAGAGAAGCAAGUGGAGCAUUGACGAGAGUUCCAGCGAGUCUUGGUCGGCACCAAAAAAAUGCGCGGCAGGAGCCAGCCAGCAUAGAAGAUCUUGCAAAGACCUGUUCGAGGACUACGAGGUCUACUCCUCUCCCGAAAAAAUGGAAGUAGCACCGGAAAGCUGUGAUUUUCUGCACGACGAAAUAAAUCAGGUUAUGCUGCUCAAAUGCAAGAACUGUCAGGAGCUGUUCGUGGAUCGCGAGGAGUUCAGCGCUCACGGGUGCGGGUCUACGAGGGAGGCCGGGGAGACAAAAAACCACACGGAUGCGGACAACUGGUACGAGCGUGAGACCGAGCCAAAGUUCGUCUGUGUCGCGUGUCAGCGCGCCUUCCCGGACAUCGAGAUUCUACACCGGCACUUUCGCGAAUCGGAGCUACACAAGCGGAAUACUGCAGCGAGGGUUGGAAAGGGUGGGCAGCCAGGUGCAGCAUCGGGAGCCGCUAGCGUGCUAGCGUUGAAAGGCAAAAGACAGGCCGGAAAGGCGAAGAAAAGAAGCGGCAUAGACCUUGAGCUGGACUUGUACAGCGAAAGCAGCAGCAGUCCGGUAAAGUCCCCAGCUAGAAAGAAAAAAGCCGGCAUUAGCCCGCGUCAGCGGAGCAAAAAGGAGUCGGCGCAGAUCGCAGGGGGCGCAAGCACGGCGGCGCAGGGGCGAGAUAGCUUAGGCGAAGCAAAGGUCGGCGCGCCCUUGAGGAGCUGGUCGAAGAACAGCCUCUACGACUUGCUGAUAAGUGAUGCGGAGGCGAUAAUGCACUCGGUUAGGGACAGGGAUCAGAGAAACAGCUUGGCCCAGCUGUUGGACAAAGAUGCAAGUAGCAGACCGGGGAGCGACGAUCAAGACAACCACGAAGGCGAGGCUGGCGGAAACAGUAGCUCUCGCGCAUUGCAGCUGGCGGCCAGGAUGUCGCUGUGUCGGGCAGUAUGGCUGAGGACGGAGGGCGAGGAAAAGAACAUGAACGUAUUGAAAAGCCUCAAAGAACUCGUAGAAGAAGGUGAGGUGGAAGGCGCCCUGUUCGUACCGUACGAUCAGGACGCCCCCUGCCCUGGUACGGACCGGCCUGCAUUGAAAAGCCUGGUCCGUACGGAAAGGACCGGGCGCCCCGGUGCCCAGCUUGCGCCAUGGUCUGUGCGGUUUGACGAAAAGUUGUUACCAGCGUACGGAGUAGCAAUCACGCAAGUGAUUCUGAAGAUCAGCCUCGGUUCCAAGCAAGCAGCAGAGAUUAGCAGAUGCGUGACGGAGCUCACUAGCGGGACCACGGCGGAUAAGGAUCUGAGUCACUCGAAGGUAAGGAGAGUGAUGAACUUGAUCAGGAUGCUGGAGAUAGAGCAGGCAGAUCGGAUUGGGUACCAUCAAGGCGGAAGCGGGCGCGAGUUGGCAGCUGGAUUACGUGCAGGUACUUGGGGGUUCGGAAUUGAGAAACACUGCUGGAUCGGGAAAAAGACAGCAAGUUGGCUAUGUGAACUAGCGGAAGAGGUGAAGCAAGGCCGCAGAAUACCCUGCCAGCUGGAGGUACACAGAUCGAAGGAGCAGUCGAGCGAGGUGGUUAGGGAGCAGCACACGAGAUGGGUGGAUGAGCUAGCGCGGCAGCACCUACGCCCACACGUACUGGAAGGUAGCGGCGUGGCGAUGUUAGCAAUCAACCGCAAAGCAGUAAUCUCCAUGCCAUUCUUCACGGAGAAGGAGCUCGAGGAGGACGAGGAGCUCAAGAGACUAGUAGGGAACAAGGCUAGUAUUUGGCUACCAAAGAAGGAUAAGACUCGAGUAGUCGGUAAUCUGCGACAGCACGACUUCAGCACGGCGUCAGUAGUAAACUUUUCAUUGCGGGCUGGGACGGAGCGGAGUCACUUGCAGGACGGGGUAGAGCGUUUUGCGGAGUGCAAUCAGCUCCAGGUGGUGCCGAACCCACCAGGAACCGGUAAGGCCCAGCCGGACGGCGCCUAUGCGAUAAAAUUCAGGCUGGUGCACGUGGAUGUCGCGGACACAGCGGUAAAAAUCACGAAGCGGAUGCACGAGCGGGUGGCAGAGCGUUACGCGCAACGAGGGAAGCUCAGGCGAGAUACGACAAGACUCCUGUUUGACGUCGACGCGCACGAGAUGGACGACCAUCUGCGAGAAAGGGCGAAAGCAGCAAUGGGCGGCACUCUCCACAAGGAGACAAUAACCACAGUGCACGACCACGGCUCCAUAAACGUAAGGAAACGCCCGUGCUGCCUCUUUUCGGACGCGGACAUGAAAAGCGAGGCGCUAGAAAGGCUGAAAAAGAUCUUUGCAAAGAGCGCGAACUUACUAGCGGAAGAUCACCCCCGGGGGGUUCGCAUAUUAACGAAGGCUAGGCGGGAAGCGCAGGAGAAGGAGGAGAGGUGCGCAGAAUCGUGCACCCAUAUCAUAGUGGCAGAACGACUGGGGAAGGACAAGCUGGCGCUCGUGGAUACGAUGAUCGAGAAGGUGUCGGGCGGGAGGAAGCAGGAUAUGAAGCGCUUCCGGGCGAAGACAUCGGCCACGCUACCCAGCCAGGAGUGGUGUCAAGUAUGGCGGUGGGAGUGCGACGACGACAUCAGCCGCACGCAAGAUUUGAUAGGAGCGGAUGUGUCAGAGUUUGGUCUUGCCGCCUGCAGGAAGGGCGGCAGCGGGCUAAUCUGGCCCAGGAGCGUUUUAGUGGAUACCCAGGACAACAUCGGCAUAUACAAAAAAAGGCACGAAGAUUGGCACAAGAGGUUGAAAGAAGCCGCGGCAAUAGCAAGCGAAAAAAGACAUAUUACGCGCACCAGCAGGACCCAGAUCGAAGCCGCAGGAGCGCCUGGAGCUAGGUCGCAGGCGAAGCCGAAGGUGAGGGAGGCCGCACGAGUAGCGGGCGUGUUAAAGCUGAAGGGCGUAAGUACCAGCCCGGAAAGGUCAAAAGGGCAGGGGGCGAUGACGGCUGGAGGCCGUGAUGAGCUCGGAUCGAAGGGCUCUGCGACUACCGGAGAGAUGCAAAAGUUGCUCGACUGGGUGCUGGAGAAGUCGAUAAAAAAGGAUGUGAAGCUGGAGAGCCUUUCGAAGGCGCAGGACGAAGUUUUCAGGAGCUUCUACAUGCUGAUGGAGAAGGCGCCGCCAGGAGCUGGCGCCCGAGUAUUGCUGGAGAAGGCAAAGUCAAGGGUGAAUGAAAUCACAGAUAAGAGGCGAGUGCUAGCCACGCUGGCAGCUGAGCUUCGAAAGGGGGAGCAGGAGUUCAAGAAGAAACUGAACGCGAGCAGUAAGCGGCCUGCUUCGGACGUGUUAGGCGGCUCACCGUGUGACCAAGGCGGAUCGACCAACGCGGCGACGGUGGGGGGCGGCUUCAAGGCUACAUCCCACCUCCCCGUGAAGGGGGAUUCGGAAUCAGCAGGUAAAGGCAGAAGCGCCGGCGUGGUUCCCCGCGCGGACGUAGUGGCUGCUGAGAAGUUAGUGCCCGUCGUUGUGCCAAGAAAAAGCCCGCGGGACACGGAAGUACACGCGACAAGCGGCCGGCCUGCGGAUGAGGGUAUCAGGGCACCUGCGGCAAAAACAAGAAAGGUGUGCGGAGGAGGACGACGCGUUGACGGCGAUGCAGUGCUGAUGGAUGAAGUGGACCGGGCGACGUCGCCUGGCACAUUGAAAAGGGAUCUAGUGACACAAGCACCAUCAGAGGAGAUGCCGACGGGGCAGCAGCGUGGGGAGGUAGCUAGCGACCGCGACGCUGCGCUGGCGGAGGACGGGUGGACACUGCCUACGGUCAAAGGAGCGCGCCUGGACGAGAAUAAAGCACUGAAAGGCGAUCUCAUCGGCUUUGUCGGUCUGGUAUGCAGGGCGGAUGGUGAGGAAGUCAGAUGCAAAAGCUCCGGCGAGGCCCGAAAGCUACUGAUGAGUUUCAUCUGCAACCAAGUACGACAUGGCGACUCUGUGGCGUUCUACGAGUUAUCUAAGUCGGCCGAGCUGAUUAUGGUGGACUCGUCCGGGAGUGCGGGCUGCUUAAGAUCAUCACGUGUAUCCUACUUCCCAGCGUUCUUCGUGGGAUCCCCGCCGGACAACGUACACCGGGGAGACAUGUACGAGUUAACCACAAGCUCGGAAGCGGACCGUGCCAAAGCGCGAGUGAAGCUGCUGCAUGUCGUUACGCACCUAAAGAACUCAAAAAGCAAAAAGGCGGCGGAGCGAAGAGAGCUGAGUAAGGUGUUCUGCGGGCACCAGGAAAAGGAGGCUAGGCUGCCCAGAUACACGGUGCUCUUGGAGGGGAAUAUCCAAGGCAGGUGGACAGUGAAGGAUAAUCGCGACGGGACAAGACGGACGAUGGAGCAAAACAUGGACAACUUGCGGCUGCUGCUAAGUGGAGGUGAGUGCGGUGACGGCGGCGCGCAAGCGGGCGGCCCUGGCCCGCAGGAGCAUGUCGCGGCGUCGGGGAUUUUGGAAGAGUGCGACGACGAGGAAGCCCAGACUGUCGGACGGGAGCGCACGGUAGUCGCCAACAGAUAUACGCUUCAUUUUAACAUGAACGGGUGGGGAGCCAACUCGGGCAAGCUGGAGGACGCGUAUGACGAGGCGCUUAAGAGAAAUGCGGACUUUGACGAGGAAAGCGGAUUUUGGAUCAUAUUACACCUGAACGAGACGCAUAUGCGCAACCUCGAAGAGGAGUUGCCACGCAUAGCGGGCAGCGAUGCAAGGCCUCGAGAGAUUGCAGACGAAGGAGGAUUCCUCGGCGCAGCAAAGUUGCUGGCUGCGUCGGAUGAUCGCGAGUUCGGGGCACCUGCAAUAGGGGGCGCCGCGUUAAUCCUCUGCCAGCCAGCCGAGCUGGGGUGGGCCAUGCCGACGGCGCGGUCGUCGUUCGCGAGAACAGUCACUACGAAGCCCAGUGUCAACCGCCUGACAGGAAGGCGGCACGAAGGCGAGAGUGGACGCGCCGGUGACGACGGUGUGCAGGAGGAGGUGCUUCUGCAGGACAGAUUCACCAAGGAGGAUUUUGUGAUGUGGUUCUGUAGUGUAGUGGUAGGUGAUGAGUGCCACAUUACUUUCUACAUCAGACCAAAUUUAAAACCCAAUGCUACGGAUGCGGAGGUGUCCUACGUCGCGAGUCAGCUCGCGGAGGCAGUGGCGGCUGCUAAGGCAGCGCGACGUCUUGCCACAAGGGUUCAUCUGACGGCCGAUAUCAACGCAAAGCACGACAGCAGCUCGCGCGGUGAAUUUUUGGCGUCGCUCCAGGAGCGGGGCAGGCAAGCUGCCUGGGCAAGAUUCGGACAGAUAAUUCGAAGUUUUUUAGACGAAAUCACGGAAGGUCUGGAGCCGAGAAUCGUGGGCCCGACGUACCAGGACAGGACGACGCCGGACAUGUUCUGGUCGGGUGGCGGCUACGUCGGCAUAGAAGAAUGCAAGUUGUUGCGGUGGAGCGCGGGCGGCGAUCUGGGGCCGAUCGGACAAGCAUCGGAUCACGCGAUGAUAGCAGUUAGAGAGCAGCUGGAAGUACGAGAUCACUUGCAGAGGUUGCAAGACGUGGCAACGGGAGUGCCAUCGCUCAUCGUGAACGUAUCCUGGAAGUGGAAGGACUGGUGGAAACACAUAUGGAACUGGAAAAGCCCGCAGGCCAAUACCAGCGGCUGGAUGUUGCCGGGGGAGGCUAGGCGGCUGAUUUUCGGAAGGUUCGACGACUUCGAGUUGCUACCGACAAACGCCUGCCCGGGCCCGAAGACCGCGGUAGUUCCGGAAUUCGAAAUCUACAAAGGAUACAAGAUGCACAUCAAGCUAGAUCGGGACGACGCGCCAGAAGCUGGAAAACUACAGCAAGUGUACGCAGAGUGCAGUAGCCAGUUGCUCCAGACGCAGUCUUUUACUGAGUUCGAGGAGGUGCUGGCGGAGGCGCUGGUAGGUUGCGAUCUGGCGGAGCAAGCAGGUGCAAGCAGCAAGAUCCCAGCAUCAUACAAGAAAAGAGAAGACAAAAAUAAAGAUGAGAAAGGCGGAAGCGGAGUAUCAGCGGUAGCCAGGGCCCGGAAGGUGUUCGAGGGCAAGGCGAAAGGAUCACCGGUGUCCAGGUACUCCGGCAUGUUGGUGGACGGGUUCCGGAUGAGCUCAGAACUACAGGCAGUAAGAAACGUGGUGCGGUAUUUCUACGAGAAGCCAGACUUGAUCAAGGAGCAGGCUGGAUGGGUCAGCAUAGGGAGCAAGGCGCUUGAGGGGAGUAGCUAUAAGCGCUUCCUCGAGUCCCUACUACGAGUGGCAAAGAUCUGCAAACCCAUACACGUGCCGGGUCACCGAAUAAAACGCCAGCUUGACAAGCUAAACGAGAACUUACGAGGUCCGGCCGGUGUGCGGGGCUUCAUCUACAAAGGGAUGCGAGAGGAGCACGCCAGGCAUCUUGCCAAGCUGAUCGAAAAGCAAUAUGAAGACCUCCAAAGCUGCGACAGAGCGGAGGAGCUGGCGUCCAGGCAGGACAAGAACGAGGGAAUCUGUCUGGCAUGCGGGAUUGCGAAAGGUGAAAGGGUGGCGACGGUCAACAAAUUACGCAUAACGCAGUCGGAGCAGGUGCCAUCCAGAAUCGCGCAGGCAGAGCAGACGGACGUGGCGAUUACACUUGCGAAGACGAAGCUGAUCGGGGAUAUUGCGAAAGGGGGCUGUCCCGGAAUAAACUUGCUAACAACAGCAACAAGAAGAGAGGCGGCGCGCAAAAGUCUGAUACCAGCGGGGCGGCCGGCAGAGGAGUUGCAGCGCGUGAUGAUAGCCAGCAUCUCUUUCGAUAUGCGAGCAAUGUUCGACACGCUGACGGGCUGGGUGCUGAUCACAACUCAGAUUUUACUAGGAAUGCACCCCGGGCACCUGCUGAAGCUCCUGAUGCUGCACCAGUCUCGCAAGAUAUACUUUCGGGUGGAUGGGUACACGCUGAGGGUGAAAGGUCAUAGAGGCGGCUUGCAGGGGACACAUGACGCACUGCUAGCAGGCUUGCUGGUACCACUUCCAUGGCUACAGCUGGUAAGGCGGGCGCUCGCGUCGGCGCGGGACGGGACAGGUCAGCUGUCGGCGCAGUGUCUGGACACAGCGGCGGUAUCGGUGGAGAGGGAAUUGCAGGAGCUGAAGACGAAAUUUGAAGAGGCUAUUUUGAACUACGGGGAAGAUUCGGUACACAAAAGUUACCGGAAGACCGCGCAGCUGGACGCGCCGGUGGUGGAAGAGCCACAUGACGCAUCCAAGGUCGGAGGCCAGGAGGCGUGCGAUGCGGUAACGGCAUGCAUCGACGACACGGAGAUCCGCUUUGCCUUCACGCGGCAAGAUCUACAGAGCGGCCUGUUUCGCAGAUUGGUGGCAUUAAUAAGCAGGAUCAUUGAGCACCUGUGCGAGACAGCCGAAUUAUUUCUAGCGGUCGAAAAGUGCGAGGCCGUGGUGGUGAACUGCGCCAGCACGGGGGAGGAGGGGGCGAGCUCGCUCUCGAAAGAAGAAACGACGGAGAUACGGAGGAGUUUAACAGUGUUCGGCAAGGAGUUCAAGUUGAAGGCGGCAUUGAAACUCUUCGGGUUUCCGAUAGCGGAGGACAUCGCCACGCAGUACUGCAAGCAGAUACGGAGCGCGAUGUUUCUGGCUAGAGGGAUCUGCGUGGAGGCAUGGAAAGGGCGAGCAACAGCGUCGCACUUCACCUCAGUUCCACAGUGGGUGACAUUCGCAAAAAUACGGCACCUUCUCGCGGCCUUGACACAGGUGUCCGAGGAGACAGCAACAGCAGUGAUGGAGGCUGCAGCGUUAGUAUGCCUAGAGAUGAUAGGCGUUUCAAACAGCUUAUUCAGCAAGCUGCAGGACGCGGUGGAGAGGAGAGCCGGGCAGAGAGUAUCAGCCGCGGACUUCUUCUUCGGAUUCUUCGCGAGAACGCCAAUACGGGAGGCGGUGGAGAGGACGGCACGCAAGGCGGUGGCGAAGGAAGCGUGCGCAUUGGGCUACAUUGCAUCCAACGCCAUGGACAGCGCCCUGACGGGUCUGGACAUUGAGGAGCAGCGGAGGAGGAAAAAACUUUGGAGCAACAAGGAACUGAGGAUAGCGGCACUACCCCGUCGAAGCAAGUGCGAGCUGCUGGAGACCGUCGGCAAGCUGCCCGCGAUCUCCUACGAUAAGCAAAAUCAGACAGAGCAAAACAGUCUCAGCAUAAUAAUAGCGAAGAUUGGACGCGCGGCGGUGAGAUACGGGAAGACAGCCAGCGGCAAAUGGAAAAUGGAAGAGAAAUUAGUGGUAUCGCUGCCAGAUGAGGACGUCUAUCCGCGAAUUGGGAGGGCGAUUCAGGUUGGCUACCAGGUGGCGGCGGGACGGUUGCUGGAGACGAGCGUCAGUCGGGAAAACGUCUCCAUAGCGGUCUACUCCUGGUCGAAGGGUGCGGAGGAUGAGAAUGGACUGGUGAGUGAAGCAACAGCAAAAGCGAUCACGACGGUAUGUGCGGAGCGGAUAGCAUUUCUAGCUCAGAAGGAGCCCGCGGCCCAGGUCCUGCAGCUGGCAAGGAGCGAAGUGGAAACGACAUGGAAAACGCACGACGAAAUCUACCCACCGGCAUGGGACGACGAGGUGUUCAUACAGGAGGACGAAGAAGAAAAAUUCCAGAUGUGGCACGAAUUAUUAAGUAAAGAACUAGCGCCAUUGCCGGAACCAAAAGAAGGCGACGCCAGGACGUCAAUUAAGAAGUUGAAGGGGGCGAUGAAAGAGCGUCUAGAAGAUUGGAUAAGAAAGCAGAAUGACGAAGAGUGGCGGCUAAGGGGUAGCGAUGAAAGGGAUGCAGGCGUAGCAGCUCUAGGCAACUAGAGCAAAGAAGAUAAGGAUCAGGCUAAUAGGUUGUUUUGUUUAACGCUUUUCUAUCCCCACAGGAAAAAAAGAAGCAGAACGCAAAAGUCUGGUAGGUAAAGAAAAAGACAACAAAGACAGUGUUGAGGCCGUCGCGCCGCUUCUUUGUAUAAGUUGGUAAGAUGUUACAGUGGCCGUCGCGCCGACCGCAAGGAAGAGCUUCUUUUACUUAGGACCGUCGUGUCCGUCAUCCACUGCAAAAGCAGUGUGAGUGUGCUACAUUUGGCUGUCGCGCCGCACUUGUAUCAAGGCCGUCGAGCCUUACCGACUGAUCCUCGUACGAGGGGGAUCGGGCGUGACCCAAAUAAUUUCUACUGCAGCGACCUGGCGAACCCGGCAUGCUCGCUGGCUUGCAGUGACCAACACGAGUAUUUGCACGCAGGAAACGAACAACGCUGAACCAAGAUG